CGAUGCAAAAGAAGACACCACCGCCGCGAACGACGACGCGCACAGUCGGACAUCAUGCAUCCGUUGAUGACCAGCGUGUUGGCACAACGCCAACUUAACGCUGCUGGUCAACUCUUCACAUUGUCCGACUAUGACGUCAUCACCGACCUGCACACAGCAUUCGGUCGUCUCAAGGAGAUCUUUAACACCCCUCACUAUGUUGAACGACGAGUCGAUCAGAGUGUUGUCGAAAUUGUCAUCGCUCGAAUUACAGCAGCAAUUAGAGAAACUGGCUGCAUUGAGACGUAUUCGGCUGAAUUGGUCGAUGUACUCGAUAGUUGUUUGAAUCAUCCGAUGACGGUGUUGAACUCGGACGGAGAGCUCGUUGAUUCACCGCAUUGUAAAAUCGCCUCCGAUCUGCUUAGCAGUCUAUUUUUGCACUAUGCAAAACGAUCAGUGAUGACAUUAGCCCUUCCGGUGGCUAUGAAAGCCGUAGGCACUUCGAAUCAGGAACUGGUCAGGAAUACCACUAGCUACAUCUCCUUGGCAGCUAUCCACAACGGCAAAGCGUUGUCCCAUUACGCCUUGCAGAUCAUCUCCUACAUCAUCAACGGGAACCUCUCGCUGUUGCGGGUUCUACCGCAAGUCUACGCAGACAAUCGUGAACCUUUCCAUGCCCAUAUUCCUCAACUGCUCUCAGUGCUCAGAGAUGCGGAUUGCUCAGAAAAACUAUCACUUCUACAAUUAGCCAGUAUGAUUGCCAACGAAAAACCUGAUCUUCUAAUCCCUCAUCUACCACAAUUCGAUCAAUAUUUAUUGUUACCUUCAACGUGCACUGCUGUGCUCAACAUCUACAUGUCACUUAUCUCUCAAGGUCGAGCCCAUGCGUUGGCUCCGUUCUUGCCGACACUUUCACAAGCCUGUCAAAUGCCUGCAUUUAGCGGGAAUCUUGCCACGAUUCAUAAGAUUAUGGGCAAUAUCGGACGAGUCUCACUUCCACUAGCAAGCGAUGUCCUCGACGAACUCGUUCGAAGUGCACAAAACAUCGACGAUCAGCAGCUGUUAUCGUCGGUUCUUACGGAAAUUGAAGGUGUUGGAGAGGCGUGGCCAACGGCGCUCCGCCCAUACAUUGAGACAUUGCGAGCGAUCGGACGAGGUUACAAUAAGCGCGUUAUCGACCGUAUUCUCGCUCUAGUUGGCAAUUCUACACGUCCAUCAAUGAAUGGUGACAUUACGGUGAUCUCGAUAGCUAAUGGCGAGAAGAACUCGAGCGAUUCCUUACUAGCGAAAAUUUAUCCGAGGCCUAAUGGAUCACAGAUCAUUUCGAGUGGGCCAAGAACAGUUUUUCCCGUAUGUGAAAGUCCGGCCGAUAGUUCGGCGUUGGAACUGGACCGAAACACGCAUUCGUUGGCUAUGCAAUACCAAAACAGAAGCAGUGGAUCUUUGCCGAGACGAGCUGGACAUGGCAGUGCAUCGCAUUCAUUGCAAGGUAUGCGAUCAACAAGUGAAAAUGCUGGAUCCAGAGAUCUUUCCCAAUCGUCGGUGACAGCGUCGUCGACAGCCGCAUCGUCUCAGGUUCAACCCAAAACGCAAACUUUACCGGCUGGGUUCGCUCCAAACACUCAAAUCCAGAUCGGCAAAGACGGACGAGUUCGCCCGGUGGUAGGGACGAGGAGAGCGGCUAACUGGGCAUCCGGGUAUGAAACUACAUUCCCGGCAAACGCUGGUCCCGUUACCACGACAAAAAUGCUUCCACUUAGCGAGGAAGAGGAACGACAAUGGGCAAAAUCUAUUGAUCGUUCCGAUGUUGUUUUGCAAUUUGUCGAUCAUCGACGGAAUAAAAUUCGACGUUAUGUAGGAGAUGUAUCAACACGAUUCCCAAUUCCAAUCCAGUGCACAGUUGAAGGAUCGAAAAGCUCCAAGCAUCGGAUGAUAGUGCAUUUUACCUGUCAAAUUCAUAGCGCUUACUGUGUUUUCCAUGAUGACUAUAUGUUUGCUUUCAAAACGAAAUUCGCUGCUGCCUGGCUACAUUUGAUGUUUUUGCAGAUGCAAUCAACUUCUAUCGAAAACGAAUGCGGUGUGGUGUCUCAAUCGGCUGCUCCAUUUAUGACAUUGGCUAGAUGUUGGCAGUGUCUACCAAAUCGGAUCACUAAGGACCGAGCUUUUGUCACUUUGGUCACCAGUGCUUUCCCUACUGUAAAGGAACAAGACAAGCUCUACAAAGAGCUGGAAGAGGCUUCGUUCUUUGAUUGUUUUUCCCUCGAUGGCCCAUCGAAUCGCUGGAGCUGCUUCAGCUGUUCGCAUCCUGACCGAGUCAAGUCAUUUGUUGAAGAUGGCUCUCAACGAGUUCUUGAAGGCCAACUCAAAGAGAAAAAAGGGCGAUGGCGUUUUUUACGACGUUGGCACACCAAGUACUUCACAUUGUCUAGUGCAGCGCUGACGUGCAGUUCGGAACAAGCGAGCGAAUCUCAGACUUUGCUUCCGGCCAUCGACUUGAGGUCGAUACGCUCAGUUCGAUCGCUUAGUCGUGGUCGCAAGAGUCGUAAAUCACUUCGACGAGCAUUUGAGAUUUUCACAUCAGAUAAUACGUCGGUUGUGUUGAAGGCGACGGACGAAAAGAAAGCAGAGGAAUGGCUGCAGUACCUUCAAAUAGCCGUAGCUCAUGCGAGACGGGAAACCAGCUAACCCGAGCUCAAGCUUUUGAAAAAGCAAUUUGCUACUGGUCCCCGUGUAACUUUCAUUGGUCAUCCAAAAAUUAUCGAUGGCUAUGUAAAUAUUCGUUUUAUGCUUCAAUUUUGCUUUAAGAUGUGAUAUGAGCGAUUACGGAUCACAUGAUGUGAUUAUUCUUUUGCUCUUCUAAAUUCUCAUUUCUCACUUCUCAUGUUUAUUAGGUGAUGAUCACAUAUAUCAUCCAACAAUUAUUAAUUGAAGGAUUUUUUGUCUUUGCAGAGCUUAAAAAUUGGGUUCCUUUUUAUCCUUUCUUUCAACCCUUUCUGAUCGUUGUGAAAAUUUGGUUGUGAAGACUCAAGCCCUUCUCAAUUUCUCACUUACUAUUGCACUUCCACUACUAGCUUUACCUAGGCUGCCCCUAUCUCAGUUGUUCUCCCUUUUGUAUUGCUUUCCCAUUUUGAGCAUUUCAAUUGUCGACGGAUUUUUUUCUAUUCACUUCAUGCAUUUUUAAUCCAGUCAACUGGUAGUUAUGACACAAGGUCAAGAAUUUGCUGUCCCAUUAGAUCUAAUUGCUUCAAAUUUCUUAGAAAUUUUCUACAUUUAUGUAAAAAUCCUAGCAAUCAUGUGAUCCUAUUUUGAUUUGAGAAAACAUAUUAAAAAUCUGCUCGGUG